AUGCCAGCCACACCAGAUCUCAGAGCACGUCUCAUCCGAGACGAUCGAGUCGCUCCAGCUUCCCCAUCCACCUCGACACUCGCCCCCGGACAAAUCCCCAACCACCCUUGGGUCACCUUCGGAGGUGAAACUCUCGCACUCUCCAUCAAUCUUGCCCAGAAGAAUUAUCCCACAGACACCCAGGUCCAGGACUUCCAUCGCAUCGUCCAACUCUACUCGGUAUUUACUAAGACCUGCUUGGUCUCAGUUACACUUCCCGAGUACCGUUUCGACGUCCAAAAGUCCAACCAUGGCCACGUCUUCUUCAAUCUCGUAACAGCCAUCAACCAGUUCCCCCGUCUUGGUCGCUGCGAAGUAGUCUUUCGCAUGCCGGACGAAAACUUCACCCAGCUCACCAAUGCUUGCCAGUUCUACCGUCUCAACUUCAAACAAUGGAAAUUGUUUAGCAAGAUCGGAACUCAACAAGUCCAACAAGUCAAGGUUGGAUCGAGAACGGAUCGCAGAUUGAAUGGUUGGUUCAAAGUCAACAUUGCCGGUUCUCCAUGA